AUGUCCGGGCGAUUUGUGCGUUCCUCCAAGUACCGCCACGUCUUCGGGCGUUCGACGAGAAAGGAACAAUGCUAUGAUAACCUUCGCGUCUCCAGAAACGCCUGGGAUACCAACCUGAUCAAGGUUAAUCCGAAACACCUUGCAGUCAAUUGGGAAGCUGGUGGCGGCGGUGCUUUCGCUGUCAUUCCCCUUGAGGAGCGUGGCAAGCUUCCGGAGCGCAUCCCUCUGUUUCGAGGUCACACCGCAGUCGUACUCGACACCGACUGGAAUCCUUUCAAUGAUGAUCUGAUUGCCUCGGGUUCCGACGACGGCAAGGUCUUCCUCUGGCGGGUUCCGGAGAACUUUACUGUGCGCCCCGAUGUUGAAGCCGAUGAUAUUCAGGACAUUGCCCCUGUUGGCAAGCUGAGUGGUCACCCUAAGAAAGUUGGCCACGUGCUCUUCAACCCCGCGGCCGAAAACGUGCUGGCAACGGCCUCGGGCGACUAUACUGUGAAGAUCUGGGAUAUUGAGGCUGGUGCGCCUAAGCUGACUCUCAACGUCGGCGACAUUGUGCAAUCCCAGUCGUGGAGUGGCAACGGCUCCUUGCUGGUCACCACCUCGCGUGACAAGAAGCUUCGCAUUUGGGACGUUCGUCAGGAGCGCCCCGCCCACGAAUCGAAUGGACACUCGGGAGCCAAGAACAGCCGUGCUAUCUGGCUUGGUGAACGCGACCGGAUCGCGACUACUGGUUUCUCUAAGAUGAGUGACCGUCAGCUGGCCCUAUGGGAUAUCCGGGCUGCCCGUGAGCCCAUGAGUGGCUUCAAGACCCUGGACUCCGGUUCGGGUGUCUGCAUGCCCUUCUGGGACGAGGGUAACAGCUGCUUGUACCUGGCUGGACGAGGUGAUGGAAACAUCCGAUACUUUGAGGUCGUGAACGAUAAGUUCGAAUUCCUGUCCGAGUACAAGUCUGCCGACCCGCAGCGUGGUAUCGCAUUCAUGCCCAAGCGCGGUGUGAAUAUGCACGAAAACGAAAUUGCUCGUGCAUACAAGACUAUUAACGACGGCUACAUUGAACCUGUUUCAUUCAUUGUGCCCCGUCGCUCCGACAACUUCCAGGACGACAUCUACCCGCCCACUCUCGGACUGACCCCUGCCAUGAGCUCGUCCGAGUGGUUGGACGGUAAGGAGGCCAUCCCGCCUAAGAUCUCCAUGGCCAGCUUGUUCGACGGCCAAGGCCUUAAGGAGAUUGAGGGUGUCCAGGAAAAGCCUACCACCACUAUUGAUGCUUCCGAGCCCAACCCUGCUGCUGAGCCUGUGGCCAAUAAGCCCGAGCCUGUUGCUGAGCCUGUGGCCAAGAAGCCCGAGCUUGCUGUUGCGAAGCCCGCCCCUGAGCCUGUUCCCGAGCCCACCCCGGUUGCUCGUCCUGCCCCAUCCAUGAAGGAGCAGGGUGGUGCCAUGGCCGCCAUGGUGAACAAGUUUGCCGACGAUGAAGAGGGGGCCGAGUCUUCAGACGAUGAUUCCAGCUUCGAGGAAGUUCCCAAGCCUGUUGAGCGUGCUCGCUCGACUGUCACCGAGUCUGCUUCUCCCAGAGUCAGCAGCCCUCUGCGGCCAAAGGAGACCGAGGACAAGCCCGAGCCCAAGGCCGAACCUAAGUCUGAACCUAAGCCUGAACCCAAGGCCGAACCUAAGCCUCAACCUAAGCCUGAACCUAAACCUGAACCCCGUUCAAUUACUCCCAUCACUUCGUCCCCUACCGCCAGCGAGUCUAGCCUGUCUACUAGCGCCGUCCACCGCGAGAUCGAGGAAAUCAAGAACCUGAUCGCCGAGCAGACCAAGACGAUUGCGUCGCAGUCCAAGCAGAUGCAGAGCUUGACCUCCGAGAUCGAGUCGUUGAAGAGCAAAUUGAACUAA